UUCCGGUGGGGGAGGCGACCCCGCCCCCCCCCGCUCGGUCUCCUCCGGGCGCCGCCUCCUCCGCGCAGCCCUCCUCCCGAAACGAGCCUUUCUUCGUCGGAGCGGAGGUAAUCUUCGUACUCCAGUAAGAUUGAUCUUCUCUUCCAAUGCCAGGGAAGUUACUGGCAGUACAGUUAUACCUUGACCGAAGACAAUAAAGUGAAACUAAAGUGCAGUUCCAUCACUUCAAACUCAGAAACAAAAUCCAGCCUGGAUCUAGCAAGGAAUUCGAGGAAUGGCUUGGUACUUUGACAGACACGGGAGAGAGGUGAGCGGAAGACUGACUGCUUGUAGACAACCAAAUCCUACCAACGGCCUGACAUUCUAGCAUCAUCCCCAGCCUCCACUCAACAUGAUGUUCUCAAAAAGGAAACGAAUCGUGCUUUCCUUAAAUGAUAAAGCCUCUAUCAUUAAGAGACUGACAAAGGGUGAGUCUGGAGCAAGCUUAGCCACCGAAUUUGGGGUAGGAAAAUCCACCAUCUCGGACAUUAAAAAGAACAGCGAAUCCAUCCUAAAAUUUGUAUCGGAUAGCGAAGAGGGGAGAUGUGAUCGGAAAUCCAUGAAGAAAGCCAAAAACGGCAAAGUAGAAAAUGCCGUCUAUCUGUGUUUCUUCAGAAAAGAGCAGCUGGGCAGCAUAUCUCCGGGCCACUCAUUUGUGAAAAGGCUUUAUUGUUUAACCAAAAAUUGAACGGCAGCUCAGAAUUCAAAGCCAGCACCGGUUGGCUGAAAAGAUUCAAGGCCCGCCAUAAGAUACGGGAGCUGGAAAUCCACCGAGAAAAGCGGGCGGCUGGGGUUCCUGCCGCUCACAGUCUUGUAACUAAAAUCGAAGACUUUGUCCAGCAUGAAGAGUAUGAUAAAGAUUUCAUUUACAAUGCCGAUGAAACUGGCCUGAGCUGGAAGUCCCCGCCAAGCAAAACACUGGCUUCAUGUCGUGAAACCGUUGCGUCCAGAAUCAAGGACAACAAAGACAGGGUUACCAUCAUGGUCUGUGCUAAUUCGAGUGGCAGUCACAGGUUACCUCUGCUUUUGAUCGAAAAAUCCAAAACUCCGAGACCCUUUAGGAACGUCAAAAAGUUGCCUGUGGUUUAUCGCAACCAAACAAAAGCUUGGAUGAAUACCAACGUCUUUCUUGACUGGUACGACAACUCAUUCAUCCCCGAAGUGAAAGCGUUUCAGAAAAAAAAUGGUAAAGAAGGCAAAGUGUUGUUGAUUUUGGAUAACGCCCCUACUCACCCCUCAACCGCUCUUUUGGAACGGGAGAAUGGCAACUUUAAAGUCCUGUUCCUACCCCUGACCGUGGCUUCGGCGAUUCAGCCAAUGAACCAAGGAGUAAUAGAAACGUUAAAGCGUUUGUACAGGAAGCAGUUGCUAAGGAGACUCCUGAUGGCCGAAAGUGCCGACGAAGAAAACACCGUCAGGUUUUUCAAAAGCCUAGAUUUAAAAGACUGCUGUUACAUGUUGGCCGAUUCUUGGGAUUCGGUCAAAAGCUCCACCCUGAAAAACUCUUGGAAUAACAUAUUUAAAACACCAGGAAUCGCAUUCUCAAGACACCCAGAGGCCAAUGGCAGGGAUGAAAAUAGCGAAAUUAUGACAACCCUACAAGAGAUUCCUGGCUGCUCCGACUGUGGCUUGGACGACGUCAAGGAAUGGUUGAACUGUGACUCUGGGGAUCCUGGGUAUGAAAUUCUCAGUGAAGAGGAGAUCCUGGCAGCAGUGGAAAAAGAAAACCGAAACGAAAUAAAAAAUGAUGAAGAGAAAAGUGAUGUCAUCCCUUCUCAUUCCUAAGCCCUGGAAUGUUUAGAAACUGCUAUGAAAUGGGUAGAGCGGCAAGAUGAAUGCAAUGCGGCACAACUUUUAUGUCUAAAGAGACUAAGGGACAUGGCUGCCACCAAAAAGAGGUCUUCCCUGCGAAAAACUUUAAUUAAAGGUUACUUCGGUACAUGAAGCA